AUGACUAUCAAGAAAGUCGUCCCCCACGGAGAAUGGGAAUCCCCCAUCUCCAUUGAGUCGGUCGCCUCUGGAGCGCGAAGCCUAACCGCACCCCGCGUUUGUAGCAAAACUGACAAAAUCUUCUUCGUCGAGGGCGACGGAACUGGCAGGACUGCUAUUAUGCAAAUGACUGCCCGUGGCGCCGUGGACGUCUUGCCAACGGAAUGCAGCGUGGGUAACUCUGUCUAUGAGUACGGUGUCCAGUCGCUUCAGAUGCUGCCAGACGGGCGUCUCAUUUUUUCCAACCAGGACAACACUGUCAGAAUUCUUGAUCCAAGUUCAUCGGAAGUCAAGACUGUCGUUCGGAAUUCCCCCAUCCUGCGCUAUGGCUCCUUCUCGGCGGACAAGAACUCGCCGUGGGUACUGGCCAUCCAGGAGGACCACACUCACAAUACCCCGUAUGGUAUUGAGAAUCACAUUGCCGCCAUCAAUAUCGAGACAGGAAGCGUGAAGCGCGUCGUUUCGGGCGCCGAUUUCUACUUUCAACCUCGAUUCAAUAACAAUGGCACGCGGCUUGUCUGGUUGGAGUGGAACCAUCCCGAGAUGCUCUUCGAUGCGGCCAAGCUGUACAGCGCUGACUGGGAUCGUGAUAACGCCACCGUUAAAAGCAGGACUCUUGUUGCGGGAGGAAACUCUGACGGCGUGUGUGAGCCUCAUUGGGGUCCUGAUGGCGCGCUGUACUUUUCGCAAGAGACCGGUGGCCACCGGCAACUCUUCAGAGUCGCGCCCGAAGGUGGCAAGCCUGUCCAUAUCGCUCUUCUAGGAUUGACCAGAUUUGAUCUUGGUGAAUCGUCUCUAUUUGAAGCCAGCCGGACAUAUGUGGCGUUGUCUAGUCGGCAUCUGCUCGCUACGGCGGUCGCUAACGGCGCAUGCUACUUGAUAUCCAUUGAUCUCCUGCAGGGAACCUGGAGACACGUUGCGCAGGACCAAGGAAUAUCGUCACUCGGAGCAGACUGUGUGUCGAGAAUCGACGAGUCCUCUGCCCUGGUGGUCGGAAAGGGGCCUACGAUGUCGAACUCGCUCUUCAGAAUUGAUAUUCACAGUCCCGCAAAGACUAAGCUGCUCCGCACCGCUGGACUCUCGGGUACCGACUUCCAUCCCGAUCUAUUGUCAAUCCCGGAACACAUUAGUAUACCGUCGCGUAGCGAACCGCGGCAAACACACGGCUUCCUCUUCAUGCCACGCAACAACAAGUUCACAGCCAGAGAAGGGGCGCUCCCCCCGCUCAUCAUCUUCGCGCAUGGUGGCCCGACUGGAAUGGCCAACAGUGGCCUCAAUCUCCGAGCUCAAUAUUUUACCUCGCGCGGAUAUGCCUAUCUGGCCAUAAACUACGUUGGGUCGACUGGCUACGGAAGUGCGUACCGUCGAUACCUAUAUGGUCGAUGGGGCGUGUCGGACACCAAAGAUGUUGCUGAUUUCGCCGCGCACUUGGUCGAGACGGGCCGUGUCCGCCCACGGGCUGUCGGCAUAACGGGAGGCAGCGCGGGCGGCUAUAACACGUUGCAGGCGUUGACUCAAUAUCCAGCCACGUUUGCCGGCGGCGUGUGCGCCUGCGGCAUCAGCGACCUCGUCCAGUUCGACGACCACACGCACAAGCUGGAGUCUGAUUACGCGGGCGCGCUGCUACUUCCCGAAGGAACUCCGGAGCACGAAAAGGACCGCAUCUACAAGGAGCGCAGCGCACGGUACCACGCGGACAAGAUCCAGUCCCCGCUGCUCCUUGUCCACGGUAUAGACGACACUGUCGUGCCAAUUGUGCAGGAGAGAAUCAUCCACGACAUUGUCAAGAACAAGGGCGGUGAUGUCAAAAUUGUAGAGAUCCCAGAUGAGGGCCACAUGCUGAGCAAGCCAGACUCCGUCAGGAAGUACCUGGCUGAGGAAGAGGCCUGGUGGCGAAAGACGUUGCUCAAGACCUGA